CACGCUCACAAAGACUAAUUAAGGCCUGGCGCUGUGGUUUCAACAGUGCUCGGUUUGCAGCUGGUCCUAUCAUACAUACAUUCAUAUAUACGGAGGCAUGAAUGAAAAUUGCACAAAUUUGCAUAAUAUAAUACACUUCGAUAUUUAAAAUGCAACGCAACAAACUUUUUACUUUGUUGCCAAGUACACGUUGGCCAUUAGAAGUAUUUUCCCCUGCUGACCUCCCCCCCCAUAAGGAGCACGGAUGGCUUGUGUUAAUUGCACUCGGACAAAUUGGUCACUUAGGGAAAUUGGUAUAUGAAAAUGGGAAAAUUAGUUUGUUUUCUUCACCAGGAAAAAUAACAGGUCAUGGAAAUCAAGCAGCUCAGCACGCAUAUUGAAUCUAAAAGCUAUUGAUUUGUCAUUUUAAGUGAAAUCAUUAUAUCAAAAACAUUUGCCAUGAAAACGUCGUAUUUGAUAUGUGGAAUAUACGUCCUAAUGGACUUGGCUACUAGCGAUAAACGCAGCUUUCGAAUCUACUUUGACGAACUUUCGAUCAAGUAUAAGGUGCCGGAUAUUUUUGAAAAGAUGGAUUCUACUUUGGCUCAAUUGAACAAUCGGAGCUACAUCAACGCGGAGAUUAUACUUAAAAGGGAUAUUACCGAUUUGAAUGUUCGAGCCAUUAUGGAGUUUUGGAAACAAAACGCUCAAACAAAUAUGAAAUUGUACGAUGUUCGUGUGGAUGGAUGUAACUUACUUCGAAAUAUUAACAAAAAUAAACUGUUUAAUUUCUAUGUGAAGAGCUUUAAAAAGCACGCUAAUGUUAUUUUGAAGUGUCCAUUAAAGGCGAAUUUCAGCUACAAGAUGGUAGAUUGGUUUGUGGAUGAAAAUGAUCUACCACUUUUUGUGCCACCCGGUACAUUUCGAACGAUCACUGAAUUUUUCACCCAAAAGCGAUUGGCAAUACGUGUUGUUGCACAUGGCAAGGUUUUGCCAAAAAUUUAAUUUCUUGCGAUGAAACUAAAAAAGAUGAAAACAUGGCUUUGCAAUAUGAGUAAAUUUAAAAUCAAAUCUUUUAACUUUUAUAGUUUCCGAUAUCUCAGCAU